AUGACAAUCAGUGUAUAUAUUGCAAAUGCACGCAAGGCACUUAGAUUACAUCGCCGAACUUCGUUCCCCUCUCCAUUAAGCAUAAAUCCUGUUGCUUCUGUGUCAAUCUCAUCAACUCUUCCUGUUUCCACCAAUUCGAUUCCUGAAGUACCACCUGGAACACUGAACGAUCUCUCGAUGUUGACCAAUGUACAUUCUGGCCAACAGCCUAUUACCAAAUGCAACCUGCUUAGUCUUCCUGGAGCUUAUGACAUCUUAAGCUCAACUGACGUCGUCACGCCACCAGAGGUCCGCAACCGCAUCUACGAUUUUACCCAAGAGUCGCGCCCUGUCAAUUUUCUGUCCAGAAGAUUCGACGAUGUCGAUGAUUCAGAACUCUCUCCUUACCAAAUGCGCAAGGCGGUACCAGAAUACCACAGCCUCACUCAAGUGUGCCGCCAGCUCCGAGCAGAGUACUCUCCAAUCUACGCCGCAACGACAGAAGUGCGCGUAUUCCAAGCCGAUCUGAUGGAUUUCGCCAGCAAGAACUAUCCGUACCUAGCCCGCGACCCGCACGGCAAUGUCACCGGACACCUAACCAUCAUCUUCGCUUUCGCCUUCGGUAAUCGACACUGCAACACCGUCGACCUCCUCGCCUUCCUCAAUCACUGCAAGACACUUAAAAAUUUACACAUCCGCGCUCCAUACUACCCGUGCAUAUUUCCUCGGCCAGAUGCUGAAAAAGAUUGGGAGAGUAUGGGGGUACAGAUGGAUGCCUUGCUGGAUGUUGCGAGGCGGCCGAAACUUCAGGAGUGGCUGCAGAAUAUCGAGCGCAUUACUGUUAAUAUACGCUUUGCAUGGAUCGAGUAUCAUGUCAGGGCGGAGAAGCGGGAGGAUUGGAUGAAGCAAUGGCGCAGCGCUGACGGGUGCAUUGUACAGCUCCCGGGGUUUCGACGGUGGGUGGAAGUGAUGGGUAUCGCUCCUGAUCGGGAACUGAGAAUGUCGCCAUGGGCAUUUCAGUAG